CACAAUCUGGCAACCCUGGUGAGCGCUUGGGUUUGUGGGUAAGAUACAAUAUGUCUGCGCCCUGUUUUCAUGUUACCAGUUAUGUGAAGGUUUAAAAAUUGAUCUGUAGACUACUUUUUGUUGUAUAGUUUUUGCGGAUACAAUCUUAAGUAUGUCGGAAAAUACUGCGAAGGAAAGGGCCAUCACUCGGGCUGUAAUUGCGGAGAUGCUGUCCAAAAACUUCGACAAACUGCCUGACAUUGAUCAGAAGUUGUUCACGUAUGGCCCCGUGUAUUUUGGGGGAAAUGCUGGUCUCGCUGGACUGGUAGCGAACAGUUUAUACCGCCGAGCUCUUAACGUGACCCAGGCGCAUAUCACCUCCAGUCUGCCCAUGGCCGUGUUGCCCUUCCUGACCACGAUGGCCCUGUACAAUGCAGCCGUGUCCGCCCCUCUCCUGUCCGGGGACCUCAACUGCCCCUCCUGCGCCAUGAUCCGGGGUGCGCUGGUGGGGGUUGUCGGUGGAGGCUUGUACCCCAUUCUCCUCGCCUUACCCGUGAAUUUUGGCCUUGCUACCAGAUACAACACAGCGCUUAUGCCAGAGAAAGGCAACGUUAUGCGCUACUGGGUGGAAGUCUCCAGGCCAGUAUUGAGGAAAAUGAGAGCGGUGCUGCUGCUGCAAGCGUUUUUCGGCACAUACCUCUCAUCCAGGCACUUCCAGUCCUACUCCAAAUUGGCCGAGAUCACAUUUGGUCCAGGAGAAGAACUCAAAGACUGAUGGACAAUAUACGAUUAACCGUGUUCUCUGUUGAGAUUGAUUUGGUCUGUUUCAUCACUGUAAAAAAUCAAACACUUGUUUUACGAGGUUCAGUGUCUAAAUGUACCUGUGUUAAGUAAUAAAGAUCAGAUUAUUGUGCUUCUUA